AUGGAGCAUGAAAUUCUACCCAAGUGGGAAGCUGAAUUCUUAACAAAGCUAAAGAAAGCAAGUGCAGACCAAAUAUGGCCUCUUUUCGAAGACUUCUUCAACUUACACAAAUGGUUUCCUGGUCUCUCAACCUGUUAUGGCAUCCAUGGAACCAAUGGUGAGCCUGGCUGCAUCCGAUACUGUGCCGGCUUCUCUCUCCCAUCCCAAGAAAAUAACGCCAAUGGCGAAAACCCGGUUAGCUGGUCAAACGAGAGGUUGGUGGCCGUUGAUCCCACACAGAGGAGUUUAAGCUAUGAAAUUGUGGACUGCAAUAUUGGGUUCAAGUCAUAUUCUUCAAAGGUCAGGAUCAUCCCGGGUGGCGAUGAUGGUGGAGAUGGUUGCGGGAUCGAAUGGUGGAUCACUGUCGAUCCAGUGGAGGGAUGGAAACUUGAAGAUUUGGUGAAGCGGUACGAGGUCAAACUGCAGCUCAUGGCAGAGAAAAUGGAGGAGGAUGCUCUAAGGAGUUCAAAAAAAGUACUUAAAAUGCAUUUUUUUUCUGAGAGAGCUAAAAAAAUUUCUUCUUGCAACAAAUGA